UUGGUUCUAAAUGGAGAAAUUUCUGAUUUUCUUCGUUCUGUUUUGCAUAAUAAGUAAUGGGUUAUGUGAAGAUCAAAAAUCAUCAGAAGCUCCAUGGAGAAUGCAUACAUUGUUUUCAGUAGAAUGUGGAGAUUAUUUUGAUUGGCAAACAGUUGGUCUUGUUCAUAGUUUCAAGAAAUCCAAACAACCAGGGAAACUUACUAGAUUACUUAGUUGUACCGAUGAAGAGAAGAAAACUUAUAAAGGAAUGGAUUUGGCGCCUACAUUUGAAGUUCCAUCUAUGAGUAGCCAUCCCAAAACUGGAGAUUGGUAUCCUGCUAUUAACAAGCCAGCAGGAGUUUUGCACUGGCUUGAACAUAGUGAAGAUGCAAAGAAUGUGGAUUGGGUUGUAAUUUUGGAUGCAGACCAAAUCAUAAGAGGUCCAAUCAUUCCUUGGGAACUUGGUGCAGAGAAGGGCAAGCCUGUUGCCGAGUUAUACGGGUAUUUGAUUGGAUGUGAUAAUAUUCUUGCCAAGUUACACACAAAGCAUCCCGAACUGUGUGACAAGGUCGGUGGGCUCUUGGCCAUGCACAUUGAUGACAUUAAAGCAUUGGCUCCUUUCUGGCUCUCGAAGACAGAGGAAGUACGGGAUGAUCGUGCUCACUGGCCAACCAACUACACCGGUGAUGUUUACGGGUCGGGUUGGAUCAGCGAGAUGUAUGGAUAUUCCUUUGGUGCAGCAGAAGUGGGGCUUCGACACAAGAUACAUACUGAUCUAAUGAUCUAUCCAGGUUAUGUACCACUUCCUGGAGUUGAACCUAUUCUUUUCCACUAUGGCUUGCCAUUUUCAGUCGGAAACUGGUCUUUUACCAAAUUUGAGCACCAUCAAGAUGCGAUUGUUCAUGACUGCAACCGGCUUUUCCCUGAGCCACCAUAUCCUAGAGAGAUUGUAUCCUUGGAAUCUGACGCAAAUAAAAGGCGCGGCCUGUUUCUGAGCAUAGAGUGCAUGAACACCAUAAAUGAGGCACUUGUAUUACACCACGCGUCGCGUGGGUGCUCUAAGCCAAACAGUUCAAAAUAUUUGAGCUUUUUGGAGAGCAAAGCUUUUGCUUUUCUAAGUCGGCCAAGAUAUUUAACUCACGGCAAAGCACAAAAUGCAAAACCUGUGGUACAACAGAAUACAUUUGACAAGCCUGCAAAACCACUUCCAAAGAUCCAUACAGUUUUCUCCACCGAGUGCACCACAUAUUUCGACUGGCAAACCGUAGGAUUUAUGCACAGCUUUCGUUUGAGUGGGCAGCCUGGAAAUAUUACGCGGCUUCUCAGUUGUACAGAUGAAGAUUUGAAGAAAUAUGUUGGUCAUGACCUAGCUCCUACCCAUUAUGUUCCAUCAAUGAGCAAACAUCCUUUGACAGGCGAUUGGUACCCUGCAAUCAAUAAACCUGCAGCUGUUCUUCAUUGGCUUAAUCAUGCAAAUAUCGAUGCCGAAUACAUAGUUAUUCUGGAUACCGACAUGCUAUUAAGAGGGCCAGUCACGCCAUGGGAGUUCAAUGCUGCACGCGGCCAUCCAGUUUCAACACCUUAUGAUUACCUUAUUGGCUGCCACAACGAGCUUGCAAAGCUUCAUACUAGCCAUCCAGAAGCUUGCGAGAAGGUUGGUGGUGUAAUUAUCAUGCACAUAGACGAUCUACGUAAAUUUGCUCUUUUAUGGGUGCACAAAACAGAGGAGGUACGAGCUGACAAAGCUCACUAUUCGAAAGUUUUCACUGGGGAUACUUAUGAAGGAGGGUGGAUUAGCGAGAUGUACGGGUACUCCUUUGCCGCAGCAGAGUUGAACUUGAGGCACGUGAUAAACAAAGAGAUUAUGAUAUAUCCGGGGUAUGCUCCUCAACCAAAUGUUAAGUAUCGGGUGUUCCAUUAUGGAUUGAAAUUUUCUGUUGGAAGUUGGAGUUUUGACAAAGCAAAAUGGAGGGAUGUUGAUAUGGUGAACCAAUGCUGGGCCAAGUUUCCUGAACCACCUAAUCCUUCGACACUGGAUUCUACCAAUGUAGACAUUCUUAGUCGUGAUCAGCUGAGCAUCGAAUGUGGCAGGACUCUGAAUGAAGCUCUUCGUUUGCAUCACAUAAAACGGAACUGUUUGUACCCUGCAAUGAAAGCCCCUCCAACCAAUCUAGAGAUCAUAAAAGAAGUUACAUUUUCACGUAAAAUAGAUGAAAGACAUGACGCGGUAAGAGAUGAUACCUCAGAAAAGGGUCAAGAAUCUACUCUUCCUGUCGUAACAGGUCUCAAUCCCAUAUUUAGUUCUUUCACUUUUCGAAUGGCUGUCCUAUGGGCACUUUUAGUGUUGGGUUUCUUGAUGAUCAUAUCAAUGGUACUUUCGGGCCGAAAAGGAGAAGAAACAAAGAGUAAAGGUAGUCAUCAUAAAAACAAGGAGUAAGGAAGGUGGCCAUUAUAAACAUCCUACAAUUAUACUUCUGAAAUGUGAUGAGGUGGAGGAAAAAUCAGCCUCCCAACUGAAUCCUGCCGAGUAUGGAUGGAUUGGAUUCAAACUCUUGGAAGUUCGUCCGACCAAUAGAAUUUUUUUUUUUGCUGCAUAGCUUCUUGUUUGAAUGUAAGUUGAGCUCAUUUACUAGUUUAGAGAAAUUUCUGUUCCAUUUUUGAAAUUCUAAAUUU